UUUUAUGAACGGUCACCCUCUAUGAACUGACAGUUUUUUCGGUACGGUCCUACUAAGCAGAAAUGUGCAUGUGGAAAUUUAUAAGAAAAAAUAUAUAAGUCUUAAUUGUUGCGGAUCUGUAGUUACGCCUGGGUAUAUUACUUCGCGUCAGUAAACUAUAAUUAAAUAAAACUGCUUUUUUGUAAAUAUAUGCUUAACUAAAGUACAUAUGUACAUAUGCGUCAGGAACUUUUCAAGAAUUUUAUCACAGAUCAUUAAAAGAAUCAAAUGGUUGUGUGACAAUUUAUACCAGUGGGUCUAAAAUUGCCCAAGAAGUCUAUUUUACGGCUAGACUACACGUUUUGUAGAUUUAUUAUAAAAGUAAUCUGGGUUAUACGUAAUGCAACAAGCUUUACCAAAUAUAUCAACACAAAAAGAUAUAGCCGUCAUGCAGCCACAUUCAACGCAAAAUAUGAUUUUAUCAUCCAAUAAAAAGCCUAAACAGUAUGCUACACAGGUGCAAUCCUAUAAGCAACAAUCCCUUCAACAGCCUCUACAGCAGAUGAAAAGUCAUGCAACAUUGCAGACUCAGUUUCAUAUAAGCAAGGCGUACAGUGUGGUCUCAAUUCUUAAGACAACAGCCCAGAAUGGCCUUCCAAACACCAACCUGUCACAUAAACAACAACCAUCUCAUCACAUUCAACAGUCGCAUCAGCAGCUACAAAACUUUUCUAAUAUUGUAAACAGAUCAGGACCAUCAGGAUCCCAACAGUCAACAGUCAUUUUUAACGGUCAAACAAAUUCUGGUGAUUUAAAUUCACCAGCCAUUUUUAAUUUGUCAAAUCACAGAACGUUAACUGGAAGUGUUGAAGGGAAUGUUCGAUUUUUAAGCGUACCAGAUAUGACGAGCAGUGGUUGCAAUAUUAAUUCAGCAACUCUCGUUGCAACGAGCUCUAUUUCUGGAGCAGGAAAUGGGGCAGAUAAUUACACUGGAUCGUCAAAAAAAAACAAAUUAUCGUUGCCUACCUCGCACAUUGGAACACCAUUGAGCAUUGCUCUCGGCCCGACAACAUCAGGAACCUACAUGAACAAUAAGAACAUCGUCGGCGUUAGCGUCAGUUGUGUUGAUACUAUUAGGAAACACGAUCUCAAGAACAGUAAUAUGGUAUCAAAUAAUAAUUUCCAAACUUCAACAGCAGAGUACGUUUCAACGGGAAACAACAGCUCCGGAAACACUAGAACAAAUCCACAAAGUAGUGCGAUAUUUCGUGGACCACCACCGUCGUCCAAUGCUCCACGUGGCUCUAACGGAAGUGGAACACGCCAUGUCCAUGUCCAACCUAUGUACUCUCAAAGCAUCCACCAAAAUAUGGUUCUACAACCAUACACACAGUAUAAUCCGCGGCAGCAGUCGUUUUCCACAUCCCACAUGCAAUAUGCGCCGCCUUUGCCCUAUUACCAAUACCAAUAUGUGCCAACUCUUCAGCAACAGCCACCACCACAUUCGCGUAGUGCCGUGACGGUAAAUGCAAACGUAAAUGUAGCGAACACUUUGCAAACAGUUCAAUCUGUACAAAAUGGUCCACUUAGUGGCCCAGGGCCUACAUCAUCGCAGUUGCAACUGCUUACAAGCUCAGUGCAGGCUGGAGCAAACACGGUUAUUGGCGUAGGUGGACCAGGUAAUGGAAUGGGACAGGUAGGUGUUGCUCCUAUGGUAGGAGUAAUACCAACUGCUGUGCCGUCGCAAGCAGUGUCUGUACAGCCUAGUAGACGUCGUCAUCAGCAUCGUCUUCAAAUUAUAGAUCCAGCAACGAAAAAAAAUAUAUUAGAUGAUUUGGACAAGACAACCACAACACCUGAAAAUGCUGACUUCUCUGAGCAAACAAUAACAACAUCUGCAACUGCAGCUCCUCUAGACUCAACAAUUAGCAUUCCCCCCCAAGAUGCUAUCGGAACAAAUGUUGAAUGCAAUGUAGCCUUACAAAGCUCAGAUUCUCGUAUGGCAGCACCGUAUAUAACAUUGGAUCCGUCAAUACGCCAAGAUGUUGGAAAUACUCCUGUCGUAUCCGCAAUGUCUGAUGCGCCCUCUGUUGAAAUUUAUUCGAUGCCUCAAAAAAAUAGAAACAAAAAAAACCACAUAGCAUCUACUAAAAAUGUUUUGGAGUAUUCGGAUACGCCUUUAUCUUCCGAACUUGAUGAUGAAUGCAAAAGGGAAAACAAUCAACAAGCAGUCACACAAGAAAAUAUUUCUUCAAUUAACAUACAGAGCCAGUCGAUAUCUAACACUCAAAUAAACGUACAAAUGGCAACUGUACCGGAGAAAGAGAAAGUUGAGGAAACAUCAUCUGUUUCUGAUGUUAUCGCAGAUUUACAGCACACUGAUGAUAAUACGUCUUUGCCAGAGUCCGAAAAUAUUAGGAUAGAUGAAGCUGCGCCAGUUAUUCCAACGGAGGUUUUAUAUCAUACGAAACCUGAAAUGUUGGAAACCCAAUUACAUUCAGUUUCUAAUAGUAACCAGAUUCAUGAUCAACCAAAGCAGAAAACUGUUCCUUCUGAAACUGAUAAAUCAUCUGUGGCAGUUAAAGAAGAAAAGUUGGACUCAGUCAAGCCUAUUCCAUCUAAGGAUAUUUCUUCUGUUUCACUUGAUCUUCAAAAAUCAUCAAUAGAGACACAGUCGCAAGAUGCCCUGGUAGAUGGUCCACAGAAUCUUUCCAAAUCUGAGGAUAAGGAUGAGGCUCAGAAUAAAAAUGAUUCCAAAGACCAUGAUCUUUCUGUUAAAAAUGAACCCCCAGAUAACUUACCCUUUAUUAACUAUAAUGAAGGUCAAUGGUCUCCGAAUAAUCCAAGCGGCAAAAAACAGUACGAUCGCGAUCAGUUAUUACUUUUACGAGAGGCAAAGGCAUCUCGUAUCCAACCUGAAGUAAAAAAUGUGUCUAUACUUCCUCAACCAAAUUUAAUGCCUUCAUUCAUACGUAAUAACAACAAUAAUAAACGAGUACAGUCGAUGGUUGGUUUAAUUGGUAAUCGCAGUGAAACUGGAGGCAAUUACAUUGGAAAACAAGUAUCGAUGUCAGGUGUACAAGCAAGCGGCGGAAGAAGCAGUAUGAAAGGGAUGAUUCAUGUUAAUCUAUCAUUAAAUCAGGAUGUUAAAUUAAAUGAGACCGAAAACGCAUGGCGACCACGAGUCUUAAAUAAAUCAGAAGCGGAUAAUAACUUAAAAGAAAUCCAGGAAAAGGAGGAAUUAGUACGCCGGGUGCGUGGAAUAUUAAACAAGCUUACGCCUGAAAGGUUUGACACACUUGUUGAGGAAAUUAUUAAGUUAAAAAUUGAUACUCCAGAUAAAAUGGAUGAAGUUAUUGUACUGGUAUUUGAAAAAGCUAUUGACGAGCCAAAUUUUUCUGUUUCCUAUGCCAGACUUUGCCAUCGUCUUAUUACAGAAGUAAAAGCCCGCGAUGAGAGAAUGGAAAGCGGGACCAAAUCAAAUUUGCAACACUUCCGUAAUGCUUUAUUGGAUAAAACAGAAAGAGAGUUCACCCAAAAUGUUUCUCAAAGCACUGCUAAGGAGAAAAAACUACAGCCUAUUGUAGAUAAAAUAAAAAAAUGUAAGGAUGGAAACGAAAAAGCUGAACUUGAGGCGCUGCUGGAGGAAGAAGAACGAAAAAUUCGACGCCGCUCCGGAGGAACCGUUCGAUUUAUUGGAGAACUCUUCAAAAUAUCUAUGUUAACCGGAAAAAUUAUUUACUCCUGCAUUGAUACACUUCUGAAUCCACACUGUGAAGAUAUGCUCGAAUGUCUUUGUAAAUUGCUUACUACAGUUGGAUCAAAGUUUGAACAGACUCCAGUUAAUUCCAAAGAUCCGACAAGGUGUUAUUCGCUUGAGAAGUCUAUAUGUAGAAUGCAAGCAAUUGCAUCUAAAACUGAUAAGGAUGGAGCUAAAGUUAGCUCCAGAGUGCGUUUUAUGCUGCAGGAUGUUAUCGAUUUGCGUAAAAACAAAUGGCAGUCAACGCGUAACGAGGCCCCUAAAACUAUGGGCCAAAUCGAGAAAGAGGCCAAAAAUGAGCAGCUCUCUGUCCAGUAUUUUGGUAGUUUGUCUGGAUCUACUCCAAUCGUCUCGCACGCGGGGCCUACUAAACGGGAAGAUCGAGGAAAUCCUAGAUUUGCUGACUCCCGUUCUGGAGGUGGCUAUGCUGGCAGUCACAGCCAACGUGGUGACAAUGGUAAUCUAAGACACCAACAGCAAAACAAUGAUGUUAAUAGAAGUGGCGCUGGUGGGUCUGGUCACUCCAAUGGAAAUAACGAUGACAACACAUGGCAUGUGCAAACAAGCAAAGGCAGUCGUUCUCAAGCCGUUGACAGUAACAAACUGGAGGGACUGUCAAAACUUUCGGACCAAAAUUUGGAAACAAAAAAAAUGGGUGGGCUAACGCAGUUUAUUUGGAACAAUAGCACUUCAAGACAAUCAUCAGCCCCAACAUCAACACCAACAAAUCCUUUUGCAGUUCUGUCCUCCCUGAUUGAUAAAAAUAAUACUGAUAGGGAACGAGAUCGUGAACGCAGUGGACCAAGAAAUAAAGGGUCUUACAAUAAAGGAUCCAUAGAGCGUGACAGAUAUGAUAGAGGUAUAACCUCGAGAACUGGAUCAUCUCAAGGUUCAAGAGAGAACUCGUCGUCCCGCAGUGGUCAGCAGGUCCGCAGUUUAAUCAAUACAUCGGUUCAGAAAUCGUCUAGUCAAACGAAAUACCCACAGCAACCACCACCCCUAAGGCAAGCAGGCAAGGCACAAUCUUCCUUGGGCGGCUCAAAUACCAGCUCAACUGGAAUUCAACGUGGUACUGAACAAGUUUCGAUUGUGGGUGCUCCUAUAACGGUGGCCCAAGGUCGAUCUAAAGCCCCUGUGGCAGUUUUUACAGACGCCAGUGAAACCGACAUAAAGCUUAUUAAGUCAGUUGUUUCAGAAAUGAUCGAACUUGCUGCUGCUUCAAAAGCAGUAACACCUUCGGUUAUUGCAUGUAUAAAACACAUCCCUGAAGGACUACGAUGUAGUUUCUUGUAUUAUAUAUUAACCGAUUAUUUGCAUUUAGCGAAUGUGGGUAAACAGUAUAGGCGUUAUCUAGCUAUUACUGUGGUGUUAUUAAUUAAACAGAAUUACAUCUCAGUGGAUCAUUUUAGACUGGCGUAUAGCGAAUUUAGUGAAUUCGCGAACGAUUUAAUAGUUGAUAUUCCAGAACUGUGGUUAUAUAUUCUCGAGUUUGUUGGGCCCUUGCUUGUGAAGAAUGUUCUUACGGUAUCGGACUUGUGGAAUAAAAAAUUAAAAGACAAUAGCCAUUCAACCGUGGCUAAAAAGUUCCUCAAAACAUAUUUGUCAUAUUGCACACAAGAAGUCGGUCCGACUUUUACUCGUACCAUGUGGGUCAAGUUUAAAAUGCAAUGGUCGGAUUUCAUGCCUGAAACUGAUGUUCAUGACUUUAUUGAAUCUAAUAGAUUUGAAUAUGUGGAAAAUGAAAUGAAAUCACCGGUGUUUGACCUACGGGAGUGCCCAGAAAAACACGUUAAAAAUGUGAUAGAACAUAUUGAACAUUUACUAAAGGAAGGAACCACGGCAGACAGCAUAAUCGAUUUUAGUAACGGAAAUAUUAUGGUGGUUGACAAGCUAUUCAUUAGAGGCUUAACAGAAAUUUUAAGCAAUUUUUCAAUAAUCUACAAGGAUAACAGUUACAAACUUGAGUCCGAAACCUUCCAGAAGUUUUGUAUACCAGUUUUACAGAGAUACAUCGAUUCUAAUGAAGAUCAUCAACUGGAAUGUUUAUAUGCAAUGCAACUAUUAGUGCAUAGCUUAGAGCAUCCGAGAGGCUUGUUGGGUGAACUAAUUGGCGAACUUUAUGACGGUUAUGUAAUUCAAAAGGAAUCCCUUUACAAAUGGAGAGAUUCCAAGGACCAGUCAGCUGGCAAGGGAGUUGCUGUAAAGAGUCUUAAUCCGUUCUUUAACUCAUUGAUCAAUGAUGAAGGAAACUGAAACAAUGAUGUCGGCAUAUAUAGCAAGAGAGGAUAACACACAACUUACAAAUUAAAGCAUACUUUAAUAUUUGUAAUAAAAUACUUAAAAUCGAACGUUGGUUUACAAAGUUAAUUUUGUUAUCGAAAAUAUAGAUUUCUAUAUGGAUUAACUUGA